AGGCAAGAAUAUUUCAAUAGAUUUUUUGAAAAGGAAGACCAUGCAUUUCAGGCUUUCAGAUUGAUUAGACAACAUGAUACCCUUUUCAGCAUGUGUGUGAUUCCCCUUGUGAGCUGGAUUAUCUGCACAGUGAUGAAACAAGAGAUGGAGAGAGGCCAGGAUCUCCAGAGGAUGCCAUACACCCUCACUGCAGUCUAUAUGCUGUAUCUCUCCAGUUUGUUAAAGUUGCACCAUAAAGCAUCCAACCAGGAUUUCCAAAUAAACGUGAAAGGGUUGUGCUCUUUGGCUGCAGAAGGACUCUGGAAACAGGAAAUACUGUUCAUGGAAGAAGAAGUCAAGAAGCACAGUUAAGAUGAGGAAGACUCCCUCCCUCUCUUUCUGAAUCAGAGCAUCUUCAAAAGGGACAUUGAUUGUAUUCAAACCUACAGCUUCAUUCACUUAAGCUUCCAGGAGUUUUUUGCUGCUUUGUUUUAUGUUCUAGAAGAAGGAGAGGAGCAGCCUUCUGAAAAUCUCAGUAAAAAUUUGCAGACCCUAUUAGAACAGUCUCUAUCUUCCAGGCUUGAUUUAACAAUGACAGUUCGCUUCCUCUUUGGUUUUUUAAGUGAAGAAAAAAGAAUGACACAGUUAAAACAAGAAUUUGGAUGGAAAAUUCCUCCUAAGAAUAAAGAAUUCUUAUUAGACUGUGUGAAAACUAUCUGCAAAAAAUUGAAGAGCAAUUCCCCUUUGUGGAAUGAAGUUUUCAAUUUUUUUUAUGAAUUACAAGAUGACAGUUUUUUAAAAAACUCUUUGGAAGAUGUGAUUUUAUUAAAUUUUGUGUGUCAGUCGGUCUGGGAUUUUAUCAUCCUGGCAUAUUGCAUACAACACUGCAACAGCUUGAAGGUUCUUGAAGUUGAUAGACCUGAUUUUUUAUAUUUCAAAUCUCCUGUGAAACAAUUUAAAUAUUGUGACGAGAGGGUGGUGCAAAAAUAUGUGGACCUCUUAUUUAAAGGACUGAUUUCUGUGGGAAACUUAAGGAAGCUGAGCAUUUCUACUUGGUCCUUGAAUGAAUCCGGCUGCAGGCACCUUGCAGAAUUUCUCAGGAAAAAUCAUAAACUGAGAGAGUUAUGUCUGCCUUGGUGUAACAUCAGUGACAACGGAUUGAAGUUACUGUGUGAAGAGCUAAAACAUCCAGACUGUGAACUAGAAGUGCUACAGCUUUCUUGGGAGACCUUGACAGUAUCCUCCAGCAGGCAUCUCGCUGAUGUUCUCAGGAAAAAACAGAGGCUGGUGGAGUUACACCUGUCUUUCCACAAUUGUGUUACGCAUGAAAGAAGGGAAGAAGCAUUCCAAUUAUUAUGUGAGGGGCUAAAAGAUCCAGACUGUAAAUUAGACACACUCAGGAUUCCUGAGCUAAUGUUGACAUUAUCCUGCUACAGACAGCUUGCUGAAGUUCUUUGGGAAAACCAGAGACUGAGAGAGUUAGAUUUGACUCAGUAUCACCAAAAAGGUGAAGACAUAAAGUUACUGUCUGAGGGACUAAAACAUUCAGACUGUAAACUGGAGACACUAACGCUUUCUGCAGACCACUUGAGAGAAUCCCCCUGCAAAUACCUUGCUGAAGUUCUCAAGGAAAACCAGAGUCUGAAAAAGUUAUAUCUGAAGGCCACUGUUGUACAUGACAAAGGAAUGGAACUGCUGUUUGAGGCACUUAAAGGCCCUUGUUGUAAACUAGAGAAACUAUGGCUGUCUAAAGCGUUCUUCAGCACAUCCUUCUGCCAGUGUCUUGCUGAUAUUCUCAGGGAAAACCAGGUGCUAAAAGAGUUAGCCCUGAUAAGCCUACACAUAACCGAUAAAGAAAUGGAAGAACUGUGUGAGGUACUAAAACAUCCCAACUGUAAAUUAGAGAAAUUUGGGAUUUUUAACACACACUUGAGAGAAUCUUGGUGCAGGUAUCUCGCUGAAGUUCUCAAGGAAAACCAGACACUGAGACAGUUAGCUCUGCAUCAAUGUCACGGAGGCAGCCAGGAAAUGGAACUGCUGUGUGAGGAGCUAAAACAUCCUAACUGCAAACUAGAGAAAGUGUGGAUUCCUGCGGUAUCCUUGACAGAAUCUUGCUGCAGGCAUCUUGCUCAAGUUUUUAAGGAAAACCAGAAUCUGAGAGAGUUGGAUCUCUUUCACUGUGACAUCGGUGACAGAGAAAAAGAGCUGCUGUAUGAGGGGCUAAAGCAUCCAGCCUGUAAAUUAGAGAAACUAUUGGUGAAUGAAAAAUGUGUAGUCUUGAAUCAUAGGGAGAAAGCCUCCACUGGAAUUACAGAGAGGAUAUUUUCCUUUAUCCGUAAAGUAUUUAGGAUGAAUAAGUAGGCUUAUGCUGGGAAUAGAUCUAAGAAGAAAGUCUGCAAGACUUCCUUUGAGGAACCACAGUCUGAUCCAAGGACUGCUUUAAAGAAACUACAUUGCAAUUUUCUCUCUGUUCAUCUGAAAAAUGCCAAGCUACAAGAAUAAAAGUUGAUACCUGACCAAGCUCAUGGAAAGGUGGACAAUAAAUCACAGAAAUUUUCUACACUGUGAAAUAGACAUGUGACCUUUUGAAAUCUGGAUAAGGGAAGAUAAUGUCAAUACAUCUUCAGAAUUUUAAAAAAGGAAUUAAAAACCAUAGAUUUAUUUUGGAUUAUAGGAGUGGAAGAAUCCAGCACUUGUCAGAACUUACUGAAGUAUAUAAAACUGGAGACAUAAACUGUGUUAAGAACCCUGUGCAUUAAUCCUUAUGAAAUGUAUAGAUAAUUUUACAUACCAUUUUUCAAUAUUUUUCUGCAAUUUGUCACUAGUUUGCUUACCACUGCAAUACAUUUUAAAUUUGUGUAUAGUUUACUUAAAUGAUUGGCCUCCUUCAACUCAGUGGAGCAAUUCAAAAUAAAAGGAAUUACAGAAAGAAACGUCCAGUGUGAAAUAAGCAUUUUGCUUUCCUCAGUUAGAAAAUGUGUUUUAUUUGCAUUCCACUUAACC